ACUUGUCCUGUCCUUUGCGCAAUAAGGCGGCGGCCAUUUUCUUGUAUACCAGGCCGGCCCGGCACCGCAGGAAGUUUUGCGUGUAGUUUUGGUGCGGCCUGCGGCCAUUUCGUUCUGGGCUGAACUUUAUCACUCCCGUUAUAAAGCAGAAGCUGAGACAAGCAGACGGUUGCAGCUCUUUUUUUGAGGUAGAAGAUAAAGACGGAGAGGAAGACACCUAUGUGAGGGGUUGAUCAGCAGUGCAAGGAGGAGGAAAUCCCUACAGAUAUCAGCACAGAAGAAAUAUAUCGCAAGAAUAUCUAAUUUAAUCUCCAGACUCUGAAAUAAAUUCACCAGACGAGAUUCUCCAGAAGAAAUCCCUGUCGCUUUAAGUAGCCAUCCAGCUCUCCAGCAUACAGUUAUAUCAUCUGAACCUUCUGACAUGUCAUGUUCUCCUGAUAACGCCGAUAUCGGCACAGGUCUUGGAGUAGAUUGUUUAUUUCCCAAUAAUAGGGAAGCCACGUGUUCUACACAGAGCACAAAGGUUAUUGGCCAUCAACCAGCUAAUAGAAGCAAGAAGUCAUUAUCGUGUUCUGAGUGUGAAAAAUGUUUUACAACCAAAUCCAUUCUUGUGGCACAUCAAAGAAUUCACACAGGUGUGAUGCCAUUUUCAUGUUCCGAGUGUGAGAAAGGAUUUAGAGACAAAUCAACUCUUGUUAUACAUAAGAGAACUCACACAGGUGAGAAACCAUAUUCAUGUACUGAGUGUGGGAAAUGUUUUACACAGAAAUCACUUCUUGUUGUACAUGAGAGAAAUCACACAGGUGAGAAGCCAUUUCGAUGCUCUGAGUGUGGAAUAUGUUUUACUGCCAAGUCAGUUCUUCUUAAACAUCAAACAGUUCACACAGGUGAGAAGCCAUUUUCAUGUGCCGAGUGUGGUAAAUGUUUUAGAGACAAAGCAGAGCUUGUUAAACAUGAGAGAACUCACACGGGUGAGAAGCCAUUUUCAUGCUCUGAGUGUAGGAAAUGUUUUACACAGAAAGCACAUCUUGCUAUACAUAUGAGAAGUCAUACAGGUGAGAGGCCAUUUUCAUGCUCUGAGUGCGGGAAACGUUUUAACCAUAAAUCACAUCUUGCUGUACAUGAGAGAAAUCACACAGGUCAGCAGCCAUUUUCAUGUUCUGAAUGUGGGAAAAGUUGCAGAGACAAAUCAGCUCUUAUUUUACAUGCAAGACUUCACACAGGUGAGAAGCCAUUUUCAUGUACUGAGUGUGAUAAAUGUUUUAGAGACAAAUCACAUCUUCGUAAACAUGAGAGACUUCACACAGGAGAGAGAGUAUUUUCAUGUUCUGAGUGUGGGAAAAGUGUAAGAGACAAAUCAGAUCUGGAUAGACAUAUGAAAUAUCACACGGGUGAGAAGCCAUUUCCAUGCUCUGAGUGUGGGAAAUGUUUUGCAACAAAAUCAGAAGUUGUUGAACAUCAGAGAAGUCACACAGGUGAGAAGCGAUUUUCAUGUGCUAAGUGUGAGAAAUGUUUUGCAAGGAAAACAGCUCUUGUUAUACAUGAGAGACUUCACACAGGUGAGAGGCCAUUUUCAUGUUCUGAGUGUGAGAAAUGUUUUAGAGACAAAUCACAUCUUCUUGUACAUAAGAGAACUCAUACGGGCGAGAAACCAUUUGCAUGUGCUGAGUGUGGGAAAUGUUUUACAGAGAAAUCAAAACUCACUAAACACAAGAGAAUUCACACAGGUGAAAAGCCAUAUUCAUGUGCCGAGUGUGGGAAAUGUUUUGCAGACAGAACUGUUCUUUGUACACACGAGAGAAUUCACACAGGCGAGAGACCAUUUUCAUGUACCGAAUGUGGGAAAAGUUUUAGACAUAAGUCAGGUCUUAAUGGACAUGAGAGAAUUCACACUGGUGAGAAGCCAUUUUCAUGUGCUGAGUGUGGGAAAUGUUUUUCAGAGAAAAAGACUCUUACUUCACACAAGAGAAGUCACACAGGUGAGAAGCCAUUUCCAUGUGCUGAGUGUGGGAAAUGUUUUACACAAAAAUCAUCGCUUUCUCUACAUGAGAAAAUUCAUACAGGAGAGAAGCCAUUUUCAUGUGCCAAAUGUGGGAAAGGUUUUAGACAGAGAGCUUAUCUUGUUAAACAUGAGAAAAGUCACACAGGUGUGAAGUCGUUAUAAUGCUGAGAGAAGUUAAAUCUUGUGAAACAUUCACACGCAUCUAAACUGGAAACUUUGUUUUGAAAGGGAAAAUAUUUUUAGCUAAAGAGCACAUCUUGGCCCUCAUUCCGAGUUGUUCGCUCGUUAUUUUUUGCUCGCAACGGAGCGAUUAGUCGCUAAUGCGCAUGCGCAAUGUCCGCAGUGCGACUGCGCCAAGUAAAUUUGCUAUGCAUUUAGGUAUUUUACUCACGGCAUUACGAGGUUUUUUCUUCGUUCUGGUGAUCGUAAUGUGAUUGACAGGAAGUGGGUGUUUCUGGGCGGAAACUGGUCGUUUUAUGGGCGUGUGCGAAAAAACGCUACCGUUUCUGGGAAAGACGCGGGAGUGGCUGGAGAAACGGGGGAGUGUCUGGGCGAACGCUGGGUGUGUUUGUGACGUCAAACCAGGAACGACAAGCACUGAACUGAUCGCAGAUGCCGAGUAAGUGUGGAGCUACUCAGAAACCGCUAAGAAGUGUCUAUUCACAAUUUUGAUAAUCUUUCGUUCGCAAUUUUACUAUGCUAAGAUUCACUCCCAGUAGGCGGCGGCGGCUUAGCGUGUGCAAAGCUGCUAAAAGCAGCUUGCGAGCGAACAACUCGGAAUGAGGGCCCUUGUGCAUAAUGUUUUUCCUGAGAUGAGUGAUGCAUUCACAUCUCAUAUUCUAAAAUGGGAUGAGCUUGCAUCAGUUGUGUUUCUGGUUAAAAAAUUGUAUUUUGUUUGUUUUGUUAUUUUUUCCGUUACUAUCCAUCUCCCAAGAUAAUAUCCACUCAUCACUUUACAGGAUUUAUGGUCGAUUUUGGUAUCACCCAAAAUUGCCUAAGAGUGUAGGAGGACAUUGACUGUGCUCAAAAGGUUAAUUGAUGGUAAAUUCUUAUGGACUUGUAAUGGAAUAUAUGGUCCAUAAACCUCCCUACUAGCAAUAUCUGAUAUAUACAACAAGGUUCCCAGAGAAACGUGAGGCCAUAAUUGAUCACUGUGAUGACAAAGGUCUAUUUUCUAAAGAGAAUAAAAGCCUGAUAACCACAGAAAUUGUUCUUUGGUUAGUGGAGCCAUCAUCCGGGCACCACAAGUGGGAGGAAUAAGGACUGUCUGGUAUGUGGAUGUUCCUGGAGCUAUGGUUGGAGUUCCUAUAUGUGUCUAUAUUGAGACAGUGGGGUCUAUUUACUAAGCCUUGGACAGAGAUAAAGUACUAGCCAAUCAGCUCCAAACUGCCAUGUUACAGGCUGUGUUUGAAAAAUGAGUUAGGAGCUGAUUGGUCGGUACUUUAUAUCUGUCCACUUUAUCACUGUUGGGAACUUGGACUUGCAGUUAGGAAGCAUGGACUUGCUUAGAAUUGUGGUUCUUGGACUUGAUGAGCGUGCAAACACUUGGACUUGAUAGAUGUUGAGAUACUUGGACUUAAAAGACGUUUGUGGGGAACUUCCAGUAAUAUUGGGGUGAGACUCUGUCUCUUAGAGCUCUCAAGAGGGUUUUCACAAUGAGCAACCCCCCCCCCCCCCCCCCUGCUGUUCCCUUAGUGCUUGUCACGCACACCGGUACUUGAUACCUCCAGCAGUAGGAGCUCACCCAAUAGACAGAAGACCCCAAGUUGCACUGAGUAGGAACUUGGAGUGGGGUACGCGGCUGCCCAAGAUAUGAGGCACGAGCUGGAAUAACCUCCGUCAGGGCAGGUGUAUAGUGUGGGUGGUAUGUAGUGUUCCCUCUAGAAAUUGUAGAGGGCAAGGCAUCAGACUACAGGGGCAUAUGCGUGAGCGCGCACCUGAAAUGGAGGCGUGGCCAUGCAACAUCACUAAAGUGGGUGGUGCGGCCCACAGACGUUGCUAUAGGGGGCGUGGGCGGCCAGCGGCGUCACUGUUGGGGGCGUGCCCAGCACCUACGGAGGUGCUGGGAUUCCCCCAAGCUCUCUCCGACGGCGUGAAUGGAUGCGACUGCAUCUUUACACCCUGGGAGGGCGGCUGUUUUAGCAGUGCCCCGCAGAAAGGGCAGGGCGGAUUUUGCCCGUAAAAAAUUGGGCAGGGCGCAGCGCCCUGCUAAAACAGCCUAGCGUGAACACUAGUAUGCAAGCUCCAAGCUGGGGAGCUAGAGUUGGCAGAUGGAAAACGCCACACUAGACCUUGGUAUGGCAGGCAGGACAAGAUACUGGACACUGACAGGCAGGGAUUCCGGCAGAGUAUCCAGAGGAUAUUGACCAAGAUUCGUAACAGGGUAAACUAUAACCAGCACAGAGGGGGUGGCCAGCAAGGAUUAUAUAGAGGGUAGCUUGAUCAAUCACCAGCUGAGGACCAGGAGAAACUAUGAUUUCCUAAAGGAUGUGCUGCUGCACGUUUAGACUACUCCACUGGGCCUGCUCCCCCAUUUCCAGCAACCAGGAACGCCGUCUGUGUCCAGCGUCCCAGUUUCUAGGAUCCCCGUCGUGCCAGGCGUCGGGGAGAGACUGUCCAGGGGGCCGGAAGGGAUGCAACAUCCUGGUCGCCUGGCAAUGACCGGGACCUGCGCCUGACGCUUCCCGCCUGGUGGGUCAUAACAAUCCCCAUCCAAAGCUUAGUAAAUAGACCCCUGCAUUCCCUACUCUAUUUUUUUUCCUGAGCAAAAAUGAUGAUGCUAUGGAGGUAUGUGGAAUAUGUCUUUGUGCUGUUUUUGUGGAUAUUGGGGGUUAUUCAGUAAGGAUUUCAAAUUCUGCUUUUUAGCAGAAUUUUCAAUCCUUUGAAUCGCAUGCUGGGGGCUGCCCAGCAUGCAGUCCACCCACUGCGAUCACGCUGAAAUUGCGAUCGUGCUACAAUUACAGCGUGAUCGCUGAAAUUGUGGAUGCCUCCUACCGGCGCAUCCUGGCUGUGACGGCAGGAGAGCCGUAGACAUUUUUUAGUUCAGAGCGGCUGCGUGUGAUGACACCACGCCCCCUCUGGUUAAGCUCCGCCCCCAGAGCGUUUUGCUGCUCCGCGAACCCAGUUGCCUGUCAAUCAGGCAGAUGCAUUCACAAUUACUGCGGGUCACCCGCAUUAUUUGCGGGCGCAUGCGCAGGACGCAAAAAAUACGCUGGUAUCACGAUGCGAGCUGAAUGACCCCAUUUGUCAUAAUAUCUUGUUAUUUUUCAACCUUUUCCAUCACUUCAUGUGUUUUUUUUGAUACAUCAAUGGGCUGUCAUCACACAGGGAUAGAUGUGAUAUGUUCUUGUUAUAGAAAUAUACGUAAACAUCAACAUGUGAUUUGAAUUGCGAUGGCGGUCGCACCGAUGAAUUAGCUGCAAGGUGACUGACAGGUAGACAGCGUGAGUGACAGGUAGAUAGCGUUUGGUAGUGGUCGAGUAAUGUCAUGGUCAUGUGAUGACCCGAUUUGUGAUGAUGGUACCGAUGUAUCAGCAGUUGUAUGCUGUCGGAAAGGAAAUGAUGCGGCAGCAGUGGGUAUCCCUGUGCUCAGGUUGGCUUCUGCCCAUAUUUGCAUAUAGUCGCAGGUGCGAACGUCAAAAGAUAGCGACAGCCAUCACAUCAACAGCCACAUCUGAAUUAGGCCCAAUGACUGAUGCCGACACCACCAUGAAUAUGGGUGAUAAGGUUACGCUGACAAUACUUAAUUGCUAUAUAUUAAAACCUUAUAAGUAUAUACACACACACAUACGCUUCAGUUAUUAUAAUACAUAUUAGAGUUGCUAUAUUGAGCUUGCCUGCGCAAAAAUAUUUUACAUGGAAUCAAUUUUUAUUCUAUUGCUUUGAAAGUUAUGGCAUACGGCUGUAAAUGUGAAUUAUAAUGUUUUAAAUUGCAAAUCUUGGAUGUCGAGAAAUUUGUGCCUUUUUUAAAUGUUUACCAAAAACAAACAAACCAUGUUUAAUUCAAUUUAAAUAUUGUUAAUUGUUUAGUUUCAUUUUUGUAAAUACAGUAUAUUAAACAUGGCGCGUUACUAGCCACUUCUUGUUAAAUUUAUCAUUUCAUUUGAAUUGACGCAGACAUAAGGGGUGGGAUGUAGUUAAGUCCGAGUUCGGUGGACAUUUUUUUUAAAGGAGCAAUCAUUUACAAGGCAAAACCAUGCCUUGUAAAUGAUUGCCACUUUAAAAAAACAUCCGAUAUUGGCCGGCGUCCCGCAUGUUCGCGGAACUCGGACUUCAUAAUACCCUGGCCAAAAUGUCUAAGCCAGCCACUAGAUGUAAAACCCGGCAGUAUAUGUAUUAUUUCAUCAGGUGCCUAUGAAGUCCAAACCAACGAGAAGCAAGAUUAGAUUAGUCUAAUGUCAGCAGGAAUAUUAAUAAGAUUGGAUCAUUUUUAAUUGACGUUAGAAUUAUGUGGCUUGCAGCGUACUAUACAUGCAUUGUAACGAUCACGUUUGAUCACUUUAUAAAUUGUUCCAUAUAUUAAAUUGUAUAUUAUGAAAUCUGA